CUCUGAAAAUAAAUCAUUUAGUUCUAAAAAAAUUUCCAUAAGCAAUAUUAAGUUUGGAAUUCAAUCUUAUAAAAUUGUAGAUAAUAUUUGCCUAAUCGCUUCCAAUCAGAAAAGCCUUUGCGAUAUUUCGAAAAACUUCGAAGCAGAUGAUGAUAUGUCUUUUGAAUUAGAAGAUAAGAAUAAUAUAAGCUUCGAA